UUUCUGGUUCCUCCAAUCAGCUUUCUCCAAAUGCUUUCGUGUCCUAGUUCAAAAUACAGAACCGACUGCUCAACAGCGACCCACGCAACAGCUUUGUAGUUGUAAUAUAAUCUGGAAAAGAGACGAAGGAGAUUUGUAAGCGGCAUCUGGUUGUUUUAAUUUCCACAAUGGCAGAAGGAGGAGAUGUGGAGUGGGAGCUGAGCAAAGAAAACAUCCAGCCACUGAAGCGGGGCAGAGACAUAUCAGCCUUACACCAAGCACUCAGUCAACAACAGGAUGGACUCAGCUCUGCCAUCAACCAACAGAGACAGGCCUUUGAGUCUGAACUGCGUAUGUAUGACGGAGAUGAUCCGCUUGAUGUUUGGGAUCGGUAUAUAAAGUGGACAGAGCAAACCUUCCCUCAGGGAGGAAAGGAGAGCAACCUCGCCACGCUGUUGGAACGGGCUGUGACCAGAUUCACAGAGGAAAAGAAAUAUCACAAUGACCCACGCUACGUUGACUUGUGGAUUAAAUUUGCAGAGACCUGCCCGGAGCCACUAGACAUUUACAGGUACAUGCAAGCACAGGAAAUAGGAGUGACACAGGCAUCUCUCUACAUCGCUUGGUCUGAGGAGUAUGAGAAUCAAGGCAACUGUCGCAAAGCAGACCUGGUCUACCAGGAGGGAUUCAAGAGGGGUGCUGAACCGCAUGAUAAGCUCCUGCAGUUUCACAAGGCUCUGCAGGCACGUGUGUCCCGCCAGGUGAUGAUGCAUGUGGAGGAGGAGGAGGACAGUGAUGAUGAACCCAAAGAACCAGAGAGAGUUUGUCUGGCCGACCUCAGACACAAAGGGAAGAAAAAGGCCAUUGCUCCAGUUAACAGAACCGGUCCUGCAAUCAGAAGUAUUUCUGGAGGCCUACAGUCACGCGGUGCUCCUGUGCUUGGCAAUGCAUCGAACAGUCGGUUGGUCAUCUUUGAUGAAAAUAAGGCUCAAAGUGCUGGUCCAUCAGACCUAUAAUUGGAGUCCUGGAUGGCUCCUCCCACUUCUAGGGCUAAGGAGAAUGAGCAGAGACCAGAAAAAUGGUGUGAUGUCAAGAUGCCCCAGAAGUCCAAAUUUGGACGUACUGUUAUAGCUCCACCACCACCCAAACCCACCUUCCAGCCAUUUGUUGAGGAGUCAGACCAGCCUCCAACAAUGACUCCAUGUAAGAUCAACCCAGCUGUAAACACAGUUUUGUCAGCGCGUAAGCCAUGUAGAGAGGAAACUCCUCUGAAGAGACUACAGGAGCACCACCAGCAGCAGAAGGAGGCCGAGUCAGGAAAGCCACAGGAGCAGAGCAUGUACUGUAAAGAGCUGCUGCUCAGCGGCGCCACCGAAUUCUGCUUUGAGGAACUGCGUGCUGAACGCUACUUCAAGAAGAUGGCACAGGAAUCACAGGAGGCUAGAGGUCAAAAGGACCAGGCUAGUGGCAGUGCUGCAAACUGAUACAUCUACAAAGACUAACGAUUUCAUGGAUGUUUUAUGAAUUUUCGAGAUUAUUGUCUGCAAGCAUCAUGUAUUUACCAUUUUGCAUUGUGUGUUGUAAAUAUUUUGUUUAUAAGGAGCCAGUUACUCAGCAAGAAAAAAAGAGGAAAGAGGUUAAGAUUUUUUAGAAACCUUUUGAACUGAAGACACACUAUUUUAGCUUCAUUAAAAAUACAACUGGAGGACCAAAUAAUGUGCAAUCUAAUGUAAUCCAGUACAAAACACCACAAACGAAACACACUGUAGAGCAGAUUACACAUCUAUGUGAUUUCUACAAACAAUAUAGCCUUACAGUAGUAUUUAUAGAGCUAUUGAAUUGUAUUGUUAUGCAUCCACCUCUUGUACAUACUGAACACAUUUGUUUACUGCAGGCUCAAGUCUCUGGCAGAAAUACUAAUACUACCACAAUUAUUCCUGAUUUCACUCUUAGUUGAUUCAUACAUUUUUCGCAGAUUGCUCUUAAGAGCUUUUUAUGUCUUUGUCUUGAGCAGAUUUUUCUAUACAGUUCCAUCACAGUUGAAAAAGGGCUUCAGUGAGGUGAUUCAACUGGGCUUUAUGUUUCAGUCUGAGUAAAUUGUCCCUUUUGGGCCAUGUGUCACUGAGGUUCAAUAAACUUGUUAAAAUGUC